UAGAGUGAAGUGAACGGUACGGUGGGUUUUUCUGUUGUUCAUUCACCUCUUCAUCGUAAUGUGUUUUUCUGCUCUGAGGCUAUGAAGGCAAAGGUAAAGGCUAUAUGUUACACUGGCACCGAACAUUUCUCUGCUAUAGCAUUGACCGUUGCAACUUGAAAAGAUACACGCACUGGUUCUGUAAGUUUUCAGGGAUAUCAAGAGGAAAAAGAUAUGCGAAUAGGGAUUCACACCACCGGCGCCUGGUUUCAGGGCCCUCAUUUUCUACACUCCUCACACCUCCGCUUCAAACUCCAAAGCUCUGUAUCGUACUCUAAGGUUAUACCGUGCUUGCAAGACGAGUGCAAGGACUUUUUGCCGUGGCUACGGCGAAAAUCAGGAACCGAAAUUUCGUCAAUUCUUUCAAUUGGGAGCUCUGUAUAUGGAAGGUCACUGUUUGCAUCGGAGUUCAUACAAGCUGGAGACUGCAUAUUGAAAGUUCCUUUCAACGUUCAAAUAACACCGGACAAUGUACUUCCAGAAAUAAAUUCUUUCUUAGGCAAGGACAUCGGAAAUACUGCACGGCUUUCUAUUGUCAUUUUAGUCGAGAAGAAGAUGGGUCAGGACUCUGAAUGGGCCCCAUAUAUCAACAGUCUUCCACGAGUUGGAGAGAUGCAUAGCACGAUAUUUUGGACUAAGGAUGAUCUGGAGAUGGUUAAAAAAAGUGCAGUCUAUCAGGAAACUAUCAAUCAACAAGCUCAAAUUGAGAAAGAAUAUUUGUCAGUUAGACCAGCUCUUGAUCACUUCCCAGAAUUUUUUGAAGAUAUUACACUUAAAGAUUUCAUGCACGCACAUGCUAUAGUUGGAUCUCGUGCAUGGGGAAGUUCAAAGGGCUUAUCUCUGGUUCCUUUUGCGGAUUUUUUGAAUCAUGAUGGGGUUUCAGAGGCACUGCUGUUAAGUGAUGAAGACAAACAAACCUCAGAGGUUAUUGCUGAUCGGGAUUAUGCUCCUGGUGAAGAGGUCCUAAUAAGAUAUGGAAAGUUUCCAAAUGCUACAUUGUUGAUGGAUUUUGGUUUUACACUUCCUUACAACAUUUAUGACCAGGUUCAAAUUUGUGUCAGUGUUCCCCAAGGUGAUCCUCUGCAUUUGAUGAAAUUGGAACUUCUGCAUAAAUAUUGUAUGCCAACACCCACUGAUGGGCAUGGUCUCAACUCUUUUAACUGUUCUUUUACAAUCAAGGAAGUUCGGUCUGCUAAAGGGAAAGGGAGAGGAAUUCCACAAUCGCUCCGUGCAUGUGCUCGUAUUUUAUCUGCUACCUCUAUUCAAGAACUUAAAGAAUUGGUCACAGAAGCUGCACAGAAUGACGGAAGGCUUGCUCGACGGCCUUUAAAGAACAGGAGUAGGGAAAUUGAAGCUCAUAAGCUCUUACUUUUACAAGUUUUCAACUUGAUUCAGGAGUACGGUGCAUCCAUUGAGUCUUAGAGAAGCAGGCAAAAAAACUGGGCACGGGAUUUACGUAUGGCCUAUCGAGAGUUUUCCUUUUUCUCCUUUUAGGGUACAAUUGGCCAAAUUAUUGAUACAAGUUGUCCAGUUUUCAAAAUGUUCAUAUGCUUAUUUUAUUAUAUGUAGAAGGAUGAAAGUUUGGGAGUGAUUCAUUCUUUCUGAAUGCAGAAAGAAACCAUCCACUAUACUGCACCCUCCAAGUGUACCAUGGCAAGUCUAUGUAAUAACUCUAAUGACCAAUGAGAAGGAAAAAAGAUCUUCAGACCACAAUUUAUCAAAAAAAAAAAAAAAAGAUCUUCAGACCACACUCAAAUUGAAAAUAACAAGAUUAUGCCUUUUAAUGCUAUUGGACGGAAUGGUUUUGUGGAUGGCCCAUGCAAUUGACAAACAUUCAUGCAACUGAGAGCUUUAGCUGCUCUCAAAGCACUUAACUUGUCCUAUGAUUCCAUCUGUCGGAAAAGUCUCAAUCUUUUCAUUAAAAAUGAAAACGAGUGUUUUUUUAUCUGCUAUUAUCCAAUGGUAAGCAUUCCCUACCAAAUCGGGUCUGGGUUAUGAUACAUGUGAUUAUGGCACUCAAAGCAUUCCCUACCAAAAGGGUCGGGGUUAUAAUUUGAUCAUGGCAAUUAAGAUAAGGUUCCUUACAAGAUAGAUGGUCUGGAUUUGGCACACAAUUGACAAUCCAUCCCACCUGUGGAAUGUUGAGAAAAAUCUUAGAUGGGCCAUUUGCUUUACCUUUUUUUCUUUUUUGUUGAUAACCUUGAAAGCCAUUGCUUAUUUGUUAUUUUGUAAAUUUAAUCAUAUCCAUUUGGACUUGAGCAAUAAGAAUGAAAUGCUCAUUUAUUGAAAUCAAUUGCAACUUUGGUUACUUAUAAAAAAAAAAAACUACUACUUUGGUUACUUCUUGACAUGCAAAUUGUAAAAUGCUUACGGUCUAAGUUUUUCUAGGUCAAUGAAGUUAACCAAUGUUUCUGUGUGUA